AUGGUGGCCAAAGGGAAGCAGAGGGGAGGAGGAACGCACAAGGAGCAGCGAUCAAAGAAGCAUGAAAGGCUGGAGGAGGAGAUUCAGACCCUAGAGCAGCGUAUCGCAGCUGAAGCUCCUCCUCCUGGGACCAACCCGCUUGCCAAUGACCUUGCCAGCAAGCCAGCAGCCAAGUCAUUCAGGGAGCUGCCGCUGUCGCGCCCGACGCUGCAGGGGCUCGAGGAGGGAGGCUACAAGACUAUGAAGGACAUCCAGAGGGCCUGCAUCCCGCACAUCCUGGCAGGUCGAGACCUGCUGGGAGCCGCGAAGACGGGAUCGGGGAAGACGCUGGCGUUCCUGAUUCCAGUAAUGGAGAGGCUGUUCCGGCUCAAGUGGUCGAAGCUGGACGGGCUGGGAGGGCUGGUGAUCUCGCCGACAAGAGAGCUUGCGAUCCAGAUCUUCGAGGUCCUGAGGAAGGUCGGGAAGAAGCAUGAGAUGUCGGCAGGGCUGGUGAUCGGUGGCAAGGACGUGGGGCAGGAGCAGGAGCGAGUCACCCACAUGAACAUCCUGGUCUGCACGCCGGGGAGGCUGCUGCAGCACAUGGACGAGACGUACGGCUUCGACGCCUGCAACCUCCAGGUGCUAGUCCUUGACGAGGCCGAUCGCAUCCUGGACCUCGGCUUCUCUGCGACGAUCAACAGUAUCGUUGAGAACCUGCCCAAGAGCAGGCAGACUCUGCUCUUCUCUGCUACCCUGUCCAAGCAGGUGAGGGACCUGGCGAGGCUAAGCCUCAAGGAGCCCGAGUACAUAGCUAUCCACGAGGCCUCCUCCACCGUCACCCCCAGCAGACUCCAGCAGCACUACAUGGUUGUAAACCCGGCGGAGAAACUGGACGUGCUGUGGUCUUUCAUCAAGAUGCACCUCAAGAGCAAGUCCAUCGUCUUCCUGUCCUCCUGCAAUCAAGUUCGUUUCGUCCACGAGGUCUUCUGCCGCCUUCGCCCAGGUGUGGUCCUGAGCGCCCUCCAUGGCAAGAUCAAGCAGGAGAAGAGGCUGCAGAUCUUCCUGGACUUUUGCGAGAGGAAAGAGGCAGUUCUCUUCGCGACUGACGUGGCUGGACGAGGACUGGACUUCCCCGAGGUCGACUGGGUGAUCCAGGCAAUAUGUGCACAGGUCGACUGCCCGGAGGAUGUGGCGACGUACAUCCAUCGGGUGGGGAGGACAGCCAGGAACGAGGCGAAGGGGAAGUCACUGCUGCUGCUAUGCGAGCACGAGAAGAAGAUGGCGAGCAACGUGCAAGAGGCAAGGAUACCCAUCAAGCAGAUCCAAGUGAACAAGUCGAGGAUGCAGCCUCUCCAUCAAAAGCUCGCCACUCUUCUCUCCCAGGACGCUUCCUUGAAGCACAUGGCUCAAAAGGCCUUCGUCUCCUACCUGAGGAGCGUCCACCUGCAGCCGGACAAGCAGAUCUUUGACGUCAACAAGCUCCCCGUCGAGCUGCUGGCCUCCUCCUGGGGCCUCCCUACGAUGCCGCGGCUGCGGUUUGUGGCCGCUCCUGCUGUGAAGAAGAAGAACAUCCCCUACGCUCUCCGGGAGGACGGAAAUAAGGGAGCUGAGAAGGAGGAGAAAGAGGAAGAGGAAGAGGAAGAGGAAGAGGAAGAGGAAGAGGAAGAGAAGUCACAGAGGACACGAGUGAUCGCGACCGACGAGGAAGGCUCCGACGGGGCCGGUCCCGCGAAGGAGAAUGACGAUGAUGAUGAUGAUGAUGAGGAGGAGGAGGAGGAGGAGGAGGAGCAAGGCGCUCGCAGCUCUGACGGGAGUGACGAGGAGAAUAGUGAUGUUGAGGUGGCAAGCGCAGGUUGGAAGGGAGGGAAAGGCAAGGAGGAAGCAAUAGACAAGAAACGAUCGCUGCAGGACGAGGAGGAGCUGGCGCUGACACUUCUCAAGAAACGGCAGAGGGUUUGA